AACACUUAGAACAGCUGAUCUGGUUUCGGUGCUCAUGUAAUCGGUGGUUCAUAUUUUCCUUAAAAAUUCAAUUAAAUUGUAUAAAAUGCUGCGUCGUCUUGUCCAAUUGGGUGCCCGGGAGCUGAGCCGAAGCCAGUCCUCCGCCGCCGCCGCGGAGAAGUGGGAUCUGUAUGCCGGCGUGCUCGUGGAGCGCCUGCCCGUGGUCUCCAAGUCGCUCAAUCCCCUCGAGAAACAGUUCCAGGACAUGCUGUGGCGUGUGGAGUACGAGAACAGUCUGAAGUCCGACCACGAGCUGAAGCAUGAGCGCGAGAUCGUCCAGGCUGAGUUGAUCAAGAAGGGCAAGAUGCAGGUGGACAUGGAGGACAGCGGCUCCAAGCAGACGGCACAGGACCGCAAGGAUGCGUACAUCGAGGAGCUGAAGAAAUUCCAGCUGGGAGCACGCACCACGCCCGAUGACCAGGCCAACAGGACCAGCUCCACGGACCGCUGCCUGGAGGACACGCUCUACCUUCUCGUCCAGCAGAAGCUCGGUCAGCAGGAGCACCUCGUCCUGCCACAGGGCAAGCGCGAGGAGGGCGAGUCCAUGCGCCAAACGGCGGAGCGGGUUCUCCGCGAGAGGUGCGGCCAGGAGUUGCAGGUCCUCUUCUACGGCAACGCCCCCGUGGGCUUCCACAAGUACAAGUAUCCCAGCAACCAGCGGACGGAGAGCGUCGGCGCCAAGGUCUUCUUCUAUAGGGCAUCCCUGCGCUCCGGCCAGGUGGCGGAGAAGGUGGCCAAGUUCGAGUGGCUGCCCAAGGAGGAGCUCAACGGAAAACUUAAAAAUGCAGCCUAUGCGGAAAGCGUUAACAAGUUCUUGUUGUAAUCGUAUUGUUAAAUCUGUUUUGAUAUCUAACGAAUAAAUAUAGAUAAUACUUGGUCUGAAGAGGCCAAGGGACUAGCGA